CCUGCAGUGACUGCUGCUGCUGCUGCUUCAGCCUUCCUGCGUGUACCAUGCGGCCCGCUGACCUCCUCUUCCUCUUUCUCCCCCUCCUCCUCCCUGGGAUGUGGGCAGACCCAGAGGCCCCACCUCCCAUCUUCUCAUUCCUGCAGCCCUUCCCAUCCCCAUCCUCUUUCCCAUCAGAGCCACAGGUUUUCCAGCUGCUCCAGACCAGCCUCUUUGACAACAUCAGCUCUGCUGAGGUGUUUGGGGUGGCUCUCCUGGGGGACAUGCCUAUCUUUGCACUGGAUCCUGCCAAUUGGAGCAUCCACUUCCACUGGCCCUGGGCCCUCCAGGCCACAAAUGAGGGUGACAUGGAGAAGAUCAAGGUCCACAUCAAACCCUUUCUACGCAAUAUGGUCCGAUAUGUUCAUGAAAUGGCACAGCAGGCACAACGGGACUAUCCAUUGGUGGUCCAGAUCCGUGCAGGCUGUGUGCUGAAACCCAAUAGGACAAGCUGGGGCUUCAUAGAUGUUGGGGAGGGUGGCAAAGACUUCAUAACUUUUGAGAUGGAGAGGCAGCGUUGGGAGACCCGGCAGCCAUCCCCACUAGCAGAGCUAGUCAGCAAGUCCCUCACCAGCAAGAAGGCGAUCACGGGGCUCCUGGAGCACCUCCUCUCCACCUCCUGCCAGAGCCACAUCCUCACCCUUUGCAAGUACGGGAGGGCAUCUCUGGAUAGACAAGAGCUGCCCGUGGCCACGGUCUUUGCCCGCACACCCAGCCCAGCCCAGAUCCUGCUCGUUUGCCGCGUCACCGGCUUCUACCCACGGCCCAUCAGUGUGGCCUGGCUGCGCGAUGGCCAGGAGGUGCCGCCAGGCCCAGAGCUCAACACCAGUGCCAUCCUGCCCAACGCUGACCUCACCUACCAGCUCCGCAGCACCUUGGCCGUGGCCCCCCAUGAUGGGCACAGCUACGCCUGCCGCGUGCGCCACCACAGCCUGGGCACCCGCAGCCUCCUCAUCCCGUGGGGUUCUUUUAAACUCCACAUUUUCCAAACCUUUGUCUUCCACAACAUGAGCUUUGCGGACACUUCAGCCUGGGCCACCCUGGAGGACAUCGUCUUUGCUACCAUGCAGAAAUACACCGGGAACAUCCUCUACCUCCACCCAUGGGUCUACCCUGCCCUGCCUGCAGCAGAGUGGGAGAAUCUGAAAAACCUCUUCAGUGUCUACAUUCACAACUUCAUCCUGUCCCUGUCGAAUGAUGCCAGGCUGUACCAGACACCCUACCCCUUUGUGUUCCAGUGCAUGACCGGCUGCGACUUGUAUCCCAACGGGUCCUAUACCAAAUUCUACCAUCUUGCCUACAAUGCCCACAACUUCCUCAGCUUCAACAUAGACAACAUCCACUGGGAGAGGCAGCAGGAGAGUCAGCUGGCAGCGCAAGUUGAGAGGCAGUUCAACACCUUCACCGGCUUCUCUGAGACUCUGCAGCACCUUCUCAAUGUCACCUGUGUUGACCACAUGAAGAAAUUAAUUGAGUAUGGGAAGGCAGCUCUGGAAAGACAAGAGCUGCCCGUGGCCACGGUCUUUGCCCGCACACUCAGCCCAGCCCAGAUCCUGCUCGUUUGCCGCGUCACCGGCUUCUACCCACGGCCCAUCAGUGUGGCCUGGCUGCGCGAUGGCCAGGAGGUGCCACCAGGCCCAGAGCUCAACACCAGUGCCAUCCUGCCCAACGCUGACCUCACCUACCAGCUCCGCAGCACCUUGGCCGUGGCCCCCCAUGAUGGGCACAGCUACGCCUGCCACGUGCGCCACCACAGCCUGGGUACCCGCAGCCUCCUCAUCCCGUGGGGCAGCUCCAAGGUAGCUCUCAGUGUCAGCAUCACCAUUGUGGUGCUGCUGACCAUGGCUGCAGCCCUUGCUGGGGCCAUCUGGCACUACAGGCACAGGUGCUGAGAGCACAGGCUACACCAAACCAGGGAUACCCCAGGGCCACACUGGACCCCCACGUCUUGCUGAUAAUAAACCACUAAUUAACACCCCCA